AUGAACCCAAAGGUGUGGGUAUUGGUGAUCGGAGUGACAGUGGCAGCUGGGAUGGUGGUGUUGGCAGAGAAGCGGAGGCGGAGGGGACGUAAAGCCAUUAUUAAAGAAGACUUUGGAGCCUUCGUUCAAAGAUUCCAGAUUCUCCCUUUCCCUCAGCCUCCUCCCCCGGCCGCCAAGCAAACCCUCGCUGGACUCACUUUUGCCAUCAACGACAUAUUUGAGUUGAAGGAGUAUGUGACGGGUUUUGGGAAUCCAGAGUGGGCAAGGACGCAUGAGGCUGCCGAGAAGACGGCAGUGGCAGUGACUGCUCUGUUAAAGAAUGGGGCUGUCUGUGUUGGAAAGACAGUUAUCGGCGAAUUAGCAUUCGGGAUGACUGGUGAAAAUAUGCAUUACGGAACUCCUGUCAAUCCGAAAUUGCCCACCCAUGUCCCCGGAGGUUCGUCUAGUGGUUCAGCUGUGGCUGUUGCCGCUGAGCUCGUUGAUUUUGCUUUAGGUACUGAUACAAUUGGGUGCAUUAGAAUUCCGGCAGCAUUUUGUGGUCUCCUCAGCUACAGACCAUCCCAUGGGGCUGUAUCCAUGAUUGGUGUUUUGCCUAAUUCUCGAAGUUUAGACACUGUUGUAAAGAGAAGUGGACGAGAGUCAUCUUUACUUAUAAGUGAUGUCUGCAUCAGUGUGAAUGCAUGUGCUCCCAAUCAGCUCUGUUUAUAUGAAAUUUAUGUUGUUGAGUUUCCUGCUUUUCUGUUUCUUCACCCGGUAACAUGGGCUGUUUCAGGAUGGCUUGCACGUGAUCCCUCUAUAUUGCUUCGUGUUGGACAUGCUUUGCUCAAACUAAAUACUGUGGAACCCAGAAGGUCAAGACGUCUUAUUUUUGCUGAUGAUCUUUUUCAGCUUUCUAAGGUUCCCAAACAGAAGGCUGAAGGUGUUAUUAGCAAAGCCAUCGAAAAUCUAUCUGGAUACCAGCCUCCAAGGCAUAUGAAUUUUGGUCAGCAUAUUGCUUCAAAUGUACCGAGGUACAUGCGUGCUGAAUGUUCUAUUGUCAUGGCUCCUUUAGCAUGUGGAGCAUUGUUUGAAAUCCAGCCAACACAAUGUGUAAUUUCUGCCUAUGAUGGCAAAGGUCUUGGAGUCCAUAGGAGAUCAUUCACAUUAUAUAGAGAUCUCGAGAUCCCCAUAGUUUGGGAGAAGCUUAAGGCUUUCUGUCUAAUGAGACAGAUGCUGACCAUGCAUGUCAUUGCCUAUGAGAUGGAUGAUAUUGGUGCUUACCUUGUUAAUCUAGACCUCUAUAAUGACAUGUUAUUCAUAUGGUCUGGAUCCACCAUUGCCAGUAGGGCAUUUAAAUGUAUGAAAAGACAUGAAUUCAAAACAAAUCAUGAAGAAUGGGUUAAAUCAGUGAAACCCAAGUUAGCACCUGAUGUCUCUAAUAAUGUUCUUGCAGCUAUUAACACUACACAUGAGAACAUAAAGGCCCUAUAUGAUAUCAGGAAAGAGUUGCGAGCUUCCCUUCAAAGUCUCUUAAAGGACGAUGGAAUUUUAGUUAUUCCAACAGUUGCUGAUCCACCAUUGAAACUUAACUCAAAGAAACGAGAUACUGUUGAGUCUCUCAACGGAGCAUUGAUACUUUCGAGCAUUGCAAGCAUGUCUGGAUGUUGUCAGGUUACUAUUCCAUUGGGAAAGGAAGAUGGUUGUCCUAUCUCUGUUUCAUUUAUCACAUUUCAUGGUGGGGACAAGUUUCUUCUUGAUACAGUGUUGGAUAUGCACUCAUCUCUUAAAGAGCAAGUCAACUUUGUUUUCAGUUCAGCACCAUUGCUGGAAACUCACGAAGAUAUCGAUGCUUCAGAACUCUUGAAAGAAAAGAGAAGUGUCCUUUGUGAAUCUAUAGUUCAUUGUGGUCCUGAGUGCCAACAUGGCAAUGCUGCAUAUAAGGGGAAGCAGUGGAAUAAGGCUGUUAAUUACUACAGUGAAGCUAUUAAACUGAGUGGGGCAAAUGCAACUUACUAUUCCAAUCGGGCAGCAGCUUACUUACAAUUGGGAUGCUUCCAGAAAGCUGAACAAGACUGCAAUGAGGCAAUAUCACUGGAUAAAAAGAAUGUGAAGGCAUAUCUGAGGCGUGGAACAGCUAGAGAAUCACUUCUCUACUAUAAAGACGCAGCUCAAGGUGAGUUCUGA